AUGGUGCACAGCACAUCAGAUUGGUGUCUGGAUCCGGUCGCAGACGCUCCCAAGGACCAUCAGCGUCUCGAUGGUUUCUCCCUUAGCAGCUGGGCUCUGACGCCCGUUCUAGACACCGAGCAACCUGCAUCCAAGGAUUCCGAAACGCUGGAGCCGCAAAUACUGCCGGACCGCCUCGACAAUGCAGCUACCACCGCUCCGUCACCGUACCAAUUGCCUAUUUCCCCGACAGUGGCAAUGCAAUCACCAUUCGAGCCGAAGCCAGAUACCGAGAUCUGGCGGAGCGUACAGCACUUCUUCGAGACCAUGCACGUUAUUUUCCCGGUCUUGACGUAUACUGACCUUCUUUCUCGCUUUGUUCUCGAGCCCCAAUGGAGCGUGGCACCCGACUUCCGGACUCUUCUCUUUGCGGUACGUAUGGUAACGGCCGCUGGGGAGCAUCGGAUGACUUCCAACAAUGCGGAGAAUCUCAAGAAGUUCAUCGAGCAAGUGGAGAGAUCACGGCUUUGUUAUGACUUCGCCGAGUGCCCAACGCUAGACGAGGUGAUCAUUUCGCUGUUUUUGUUUACAUCUUACAAUGUGCUCGAAAAGCACAAUCGAGCGUUCUUAUACCUCGACGAGGCUCUGUCGCUAAUGGAAACAGUGCAACCUGUUGGUGCUGAGGAGGAGGCCAGGAGGAUGCACAUUGAGCAGGUCCUGUACAACACCGAAGCGGCAAGCUUCGCAAUUUAUGCAGGCAAAGGCAGGAGACGUCGAGCCAAAAAGCCAAUGGUGAACCUCGAACACUCCUCGAUCAAGCCUUUAAGAAUCGAGACCAGUGAACAGUCUGAGCAGGUUGCACUGCACCUGCUUGAUCGACUUACAGAGAUUCACGUCGCAGAGGACACAGAGGCGCUACGGAUCAUUAGCACCGCAUCAGAAACUGACAUGAAAACGCUAUUUGGAGCAGCCUUUGAGAUGCACCGUUAUUGCAGGAUCCAGGCUGCUGAUGUUGCUGUUAGUCGACAAUGGCAACUCUCGUCUAAGCUUGUAUCCGGCUUUCGCCAGCGAACAGGCGUCGAGGAAUUGAGGCAAUCAACCAUUGAGGGUCUGGGCAACGCCGCCCUAGCUUGGAUCUGCUUGCUCAAAGAGGGCGAGCCUAGAAUCGUGGGUUUGGGCAAAUUGUCAGGGCUUGCGAAGAACAUUGUCGCCCUCUCAGGAGGCAGGUGCCCGUCCUACCAAGUUGCUGGUCUCGUGAGUGCCAUCAUCAGGGAGGACCAUGAAAGACAGUUCGCACCUGAACUUGCGGAUGUCGUUCUACCCAUGGUCUCCACAAUACCUUCAACGCUCUACCCGGUCAUCGAUGGACCAAUGGAAGGUGGCCCCGAUAACGAGCCGACGCUGCAUUCCUACCUUUGCUCGCCACAGCAAUCAUCAUGCGUGGCGAUGCCGCUGUCCACAUAUACGUGCGCUGACGAAGAUUUUGACAAUUCUGGUGUGGAAGAUCUAAACUGGUUGGUCGAUCUAACUUGA